AUGUCUGGCUUCACAAUGCACUUGCAUUCUGACCAGGCCUCUGGGAUGGCUGUUCAACGCGCGGCUGAAAUAAACAACCAAGCCCUUAGCUUCUCUAGACAGGGCGAUUAUGCCGGUGCAGAGGAUCUCCACCUGCAAGCACUCCAUCUUAAACUCAGUUCAGUUGGUGAGAAUAACCUUUCUACUGCCAUCACUCGUAAUGCACUCGGAGAACUCUACCUCAAGAUGGGCAAGAUCACGGAUGCUGAAGAGCAGCUCAAGAAGGCCGUUUCUUUCCGCAUGAAUAAUGGUUCUGCAUAUGAUGCAGCAGUCUCUGUCGAGAACCUUGGCCAAGUGUAUGAAGUGAAGGGUGACCUUGAGGAAGCGAGGAGAGUUAGACUGUCCCAUCCCGCAAACAUCAUGGUCUGUGGAAACUAUGACUGUCCUGGUGAGACGUUUGAUCGGAGCCAGCUUAUGGCUUGUUCUGGAUGCAAGUCCACCUUCUACUGUGGAAGAGCCUGUCAGGCGAAGGAUUGGCGUGUUCGCCACAAAAAAUUCUGCAAAAAGCGUGCGUAA